GCAUUUCCUCGAAGGCCUUCCUGUUUAGCGGCCGCGGGGGCUUCGCGGCUCUCUGACCCUGGAGCUCCUUAAGUAAAACAAGUGCUGCGAGCCAGCCGGGCCCCCGCUUGAGCCCAGAGGAUUCGGCUGAGGGUAGAAAGGCCCCACUCCCUCCCCCGCCAGCCACCGCCUCCCCGCCCCCUCCCACGCCGCAUCAUAGAAACCCCCCGCGGGUUGCUAGAGCGGCGCCGUAGCCCCGCCCUUCUCUUCCGGCUCCGAGGCGCACUUAACCGCCAUAGAGACGCGGGCGGCGGCGGAGCCUCGGCGUAGCCAGUUGGGCGGCGGGAGUGGAGCGCGUGCCGAGGCGGCUUCUUGUUUAAGGGCUGGGCGGGGGCAGCCCGGAAGGGCCUCGGGCGGUUGUACCUGCGACCAGGUGAGCCGCGGGGGGGGGAGGGGGUUCCCCUCGGGCGGCGCCCCCAUAACUGAGGCGCCGUGAGGAGAAGGGCUCAGCAGUGCCGAGGGGAGCGGCCUUGUGAGCGGGAGGAAGGCGCCUCCCUUCAAGGGGGGCGGCGAGGGAAGUGUGUGGGGCGACUGGGAAGCGCUCGGGGUCCCCAUGGCGGCGGCGGGGCCCGCAAGUAGCGGCUCCCGGGCCGCCCCCAACCCGGUGGCGACCCUCCACGAGGAGGCGGUGUGCGCCAUCUGCCUGGACUACUUCAUCGACCCGGUGUCCAUCGGCUGCGGCCACAACUUCUGCCGCGUGUGCAUCACUCAGCUGUGGGGCUCGGGCUCGGAGGAAGGGGACGACGCGGGCGCCUCCGGCUCGGACGGAGGGUACGGGCCCGGCUCCGACGCGGGCGCGGAUGACGGAGGGGUCGACGACCUGGGGCCGGAGGAGGACGCCGACCCCGACGAAGACGACCUGGAGGACAACGAGUACUUGGAUGAUGGCGGGGACAUGGAAGAGGAGGAGGAGGAGGUCGUGUCUCGGGAGGAGGAGUUCGACGACGAAGAGGACGACGUGUGGGAUGAUGAAGACGAGAGAGCGUACUGGGCCCAGCGCCCCGGGUCCGACGACAUGUGGGACGAUGACAUGGGGAACGACUUGCUGUUCGACAGCUACGACGACGACGAGGUGAUGGACGAGGAAGAGGAGCCGGAGGAUGAGUAUACUGUGCCCCCGACCCCGCCGACCCCCCAGAUGCGCCCGGCUUUCAGCUGCCCCCAGUGCCGCAAGGUCUUCCCUCGCCGCAGCUUCCGCCCCAACCUCCAGCUGGCCAAUAUGGUGCAGAUCAUCCGCCAGAUGCACCCGCAGCCAUUCAACUCCGUGGCGGUGUCCACGGAGGCCGUGGAACUGGCGGCGGCAGGGGAUUCAUCCGGAUCGCCGUCCGUGUUAGCGGCGGGACGAGCUCUGAGUGCUGAGCGAACCCUGUGCGAGAAGCACCAGGAGCCCCUCAAGCUUUUCUGUGAGGCAGACGAAGAGCCCAUCUGUGUUGUGUGCAGAGAAUCGCGGGCCCAUAAGCACCACAGCGUCAUGCCGCUGGAAGAGGUUGUGCAAGAAUACAAGGUAUGCAGGAGGCUGGGGGCAAUGUGAAUGUUAGGACUGAACAAAAGAUUACAGUCUGAGCCUCUAGUACAGUGGUACUUAAUUCGUUCCAGAGGUCCGUUCUUAACCUGAAACUGUUCUUAACCUGAAGCACCACUUUAGCUAAUGGGGCCUCCUGCUGCCACCAUGCCAAAGGAGCACAAUUUCUGUUCUCAUCCUGAAGUAAAGUUCUUAACCCGAGGUAAUAUUUCUGGGUUAGCGGAGUCUGUAACCUGAAGCGUCUGUAACCUGAGGUACCACUAUAUGUGUCCUCUUGCUUAGGGGAACAUCUGUUGUGUGUAUCUUGCCACUGGCAAAGAGGCAACGGGCAUAGCCCUGUGCUAGAACUUAUACAAAACAUCCCAGGUUCAAAUCCUAACAUUUCUAGUGAAAGCCUUUUAUGUAGCAAAGCUAGGAUAGUCCACUGACUGAGUUGCUUCUUGUCAGAGUUGACAAUCUUGGACUAGAUGGACUUAGGGUGUGCCCAUUUAAGGCAGCCUUCUAUUCAUAAAAUCUUUUAUUUUUGGAUUAGGACUUUAGGAGUUUUCUUCUGUAACAAUUGCAGUUAGUUGAUCUGUAAAUUGCUGAUAUGCAGUAAGAAACAAUAGCAAGGGAUAAAAGCUCUACUGUUUAACUUCUAUUACUCUUCAAAGCAUUUCAUUUGUAUUUUGUGCCUAACAUCCAGUUAUAUAACUAGAAAACCUGUAUGAAGAAUGCAUGAAUUUUAUGUUUCACUUUAUGCACACCAGUGGCACAAACUUCGGUAUGCCAUUUGUGAGUGGCAUGCAGAUGUGUGUUGAACUUUUUUUAAAAAAUGCUGCAUGUAGCUUCUUUUUAGUUUUAUUACUACUACUAGAAUCUAAAUUUUGCACUUUGAUUUCCCUCUGUGAACAUUGAUGUGCAGUACAGAAAGCUCAAUCUCCUUCGGGAUGAUGUAUUUGUAUGCAUUUCUUCAUGCAACUAGGUCAGUAAGACCCUGAGGGGCAGAACAGAGGAAUGAGAGAUAACAUUAAGCAAAUAUUUUCCAUUGGACACUAUCUGAUUUCAAAUCCUUUAUUAAAAAAACAGGCAAUAAACUUUUCUAGUUUAACCCCCACCCCCCCAAAUCCUUAAGCUAUAGGGACUAGAAACUUGUGCUCCCUUUUCUAAACAAUAGCUGAGAUUUUCAGGAUUUGUGGAAGCGAUUGUGUGGAGGCUACAACUGUUUAUACCAGUUGCAUCCAAGUGUGACAAGUAGGUGGCCAGAAAGCAAUGAUCUGAAAAGUGGAGGCAUGAUAUACACUUUUUUAAAAAAGGGAAAAUGUGUUUGAGUAAAAAGAAGUUUAUUCCCGAGCUCUUACUCCAGGCAUAGGCAAACUCCGGCCCUCCAGACAUUUGGGACUACAAUUCCCAUCAUUCCCAGCUAACAGGACCAGUGGUCAAGGAUUAUGGGAAUUGGUAGUCCCACACAUCUGGAAGGCUGUAGUUUGCCUAUGCCUGUCCUACUCCUUAUGUAUGAACAUGAAGCUCUGUAAAAUGUAAUUGCACCAUUUAUUCUAUUUGCAGUGUCUUUAGAAUUCAGACACUGAAGCAACUUGAAUGGCUGUUUCUCCAAAGUUCUAGUAUUUUAUUUUUCAGGCCAAACUUCAAGGCCACUUGGAUCCACUAAAGAAGAAACUAGAGACUGUUAUGAAGCAGAAGUCGGUCGAACAGGAGAAAAUAGCAGACCUCAGGGUAAGUGACAAGCUUAUUUUAUCCUCCUGCAAACCACCUGAAAAGAAGAGAGAGCUUGUUUUUUUUCAGAUGAUGGAUGCACAUGUUGCAGCAGGUGGAAUCUUGGAAGAGGCAUUUUCUUACACGAGAGAAAGGGAAAUGUCUAAGAUGGUACCUCCCAUCCCCAUUUUUUCUAAGUUACAUUUUGUAUUUUUUAAAAAAUGUUUCCCAUUGAUCAAUGUUUGUGGAUUGGUUGUAUUGUUUAUAUGGAUAGUACUGAGACUCCGUGCCUAUAAUGUGAAUUCUGUAGCUUAUAAAGGGGCUUAAGUAAAGGGUAAAGGGACUCCUGACCAUUAGGUCCAGUCGUGGCUGACUCUGGGGUUGCAGCACUCAUCUCGCUUUAUUGGCCGAGGGAGCCGACAUACAGCUUUCGGGUCAUGUGGCCAGCAUGACUAAGCCGCUUCUGGCAAACCAGAGCAGCGCACCGAAACGCUGUUUACCUUCCCGCCGUGCUUUCGAACUGCUAGGUUGGCAGGAGCAGGGACCGAGCAACGGGAGCUCACCCCGUCACAGGGAUUCAAACCACCGACCUUCCGGGAAGUCCUAGGCUCUGUGGUUUAACCCACAGUGCCACCCGCGUCCCUCAUAAAGGGGCAUACCUACUAAGAAAAGAGGUGCAUAAUUUCACUGUGCUUCGCCAUGAAACCUUUGCUCCAGCCACCUUCACUCUUGCUUUCCUCACCCUUACCUAUCCUCCCGCAGAACAAGAUGAAGCUCGAUAUGAAAGACUUUGAGGCGGACUUUGAGCGGCUGCACCAGUUCCUAAUUGGGGAGCAGGCGCUGAUGCUGCACCAGCUGGAGGACCGCUACGAGGUGCUUCUUGCCAGCCAGAGUAACAACGUCUCCCACCUCGAGGAGCAAGCCGCUGCCCUCAGCCGCCUCAUUGCAGAAGCGGAGGACAAGAGCAAGCAGGAUGGCUUGCAGAUGAUCAAGGUGAAUGAAUCCCUUUUCUAGUUGCCUGGCUUCAGGGUGAUCAGUGGCCAAGAAUCUGCCUGGCUGUGGUGCCACAGUGAUUUACAAGUGGUACAGUGGUACAAAUCCUGGACACAAAGUGUUUAGUGUAGGAUUGUGUGAGUUUGCUAUAUGGAAUCUGAGUAGCUCUAAUUCAGGGUCAACAAACUUUUUCAGCAGGGGGCCAGUCCACUGUCCCUCAGACCUUGUCGGGGGCCGGACUAUAUCUUGGGGGGGGAGGGGAAUGAACGAAUUCCUAUGCCCCACAAAUAACCCAGAGAUGCAUUUUAAAUCAAAGGACACAUUCUACUCAUGUAAAAACACGCUGAUUCCCGGACCAUCCGCAGGCCGGCUUUAGAAGGCGAUUGGGCCGGAUCUGGCCCCGGGACUUUGUUUGCCUACCCAUGCUCUAAUUCCAUGAGACAGACUUGUCUUCGACGAUUCCAAUGCAGGGGUGGGGAAUCUGUGGCCUUUUAUAUUUUGCUUGAGUACAACUCCCCUCAUUUCUGAACUGUUGGCCAUGCUGGCAGACUGAUGGAGUCCAGUGAUGUCUGGAAGAUAACACUAAAGUCUAGAAUGUAAGACAACCACCACCAAUAAGACCACCCUGUGCAGGAAACAAUAAUGUUGAAGAUUUGGAGAUUCUAAGGGUGUUGACUUCAUAAAUUCCCUGGGCAAAUAAUCAUUAUAUUCAGUCCUCCUAGGGGUUACGUCUGAACAUUCAGCCCUUCCUUGUACUAAGAAGUCACUGCUGCAUGCUCAGUAGGACUGGAAGAGAUCAAAUGUUCAUCUUAAGUAGCUACAGACUCUUAAAUUUUGUUUCCCCCACAUUUGCCUGUCUUCUUGACUUUUUUUUCUCUUCUUUUUUUCUAGGAUUUCAAAGGCACUUUAGUCAGGUUGGUUGAUCUUGGUUUUUGCUUUCAAUUUCUCCUUGACGGUUACCCUGUGUGUAUCUGAAAGGCCUUGAGAUACUAGGUUGUUUUACAUAUGCUCAUUUGAUCAAAUUCCAUGAAUGAUAAGAGAUCUGCUGCUUCCACAGUCCAUAAAUCUCUGGCACUGGUGUCUCAAGGCCAUCUUAAGGUAGCCUCUGCUUUCUGAGCCGAGGUUCUCCAAUUUUUGCCAUCAACUGCCCACCCCCAGGGAAAAAUACAUUUGAGGGAAUAAUCUAAAGGCACAUCAUGCAUCAACUUUGCUGAAGCAAAGCAGGCUUGGGGCUGGUUAGCCUUUGGAAUUGCCGCAGUAUUUCGGUGCAUGGUGGCAUAGUUGCUACUGCUUCAUAAAAUCCAGAUCCGCAUAAAACGUUUUUCACAGAGUCUAAUUGAAGCAGUGUUCGAAACUCCCAUUGUUCUAAUUGCAUUUGCGAUAGGGAAUUUCAUUAGUUUGAGCAGUUUCUGAGCUGCGGGUGCAGUACUGCACCUAAGAUUUCAGAUUAAAACUGCAGAGUGGAAGGAAAGGAGGACCUUAUUCUGCCUCCCCACUGCCAGGUACUCUCUGAAGACUGGAGAAGAGACCCUCUUAAGAAUUUGGGGGGGGGGCAGGGGAAGGACUAGAUCAUGUGAAAAAUGAACAUCAUAUUUUAGCUGCAUUUUCAGUUUUGUAUUGUUAUAAAAAAGCGUGCCUAGACAUUCCGUUGUUGCAUCCAUAACUGAGGUUUAAUGUACCAUUUAGCUCCUAGCUUUCAUAUCUCAGUUUCUAACACUGAAUUGAAGUCUAUAAUUGUGUUUGACUCUCCCAAAUCAAGGGAAGGCAGAGUAACUUGAAAGGCUAAAUGUUUACAGAGUGGGUAUUCAGAAGCUUUGUUAAAACACAUAGUAACGUCUUAACCAGCAAUUUCUCCUUUGAGUCAACAGACAGGUGUUUGUGUAAGCUAUCAAAAAUGACAUUUCCCGGCACCACUAAAAAUUUGUUUUAUUUAUUCGUUUCGUAAAAUUUCUUUACUGCUUGUGUUUUUUAUUUUAAAAAAACCCUCAAAGGAGUUUACAAAAAGAAUAAAACAGUAAGAUUAUCAUUAAAAAAAAUUUGUUUACACAGCUAUUUAAAAUAUGUGCUAAACUAAAAACAUGAGAAAAAUCCAUCUGUGGUAGGCUUGUCUGAACAAAAAUGUUUCUAGAAGGAGCUGAAAAGAAUACACAGGGGAGGCCACCUGCCUGCUAUCAAACUGCUGGAAAUAAGGCCCUAUGAACUGGUGUAUGUUUUCAAAGUCACUCAGUACUUUACAGGUGGAUGAAAAGAAAUCAUUACAUUUAUUAAAAAAAAAUCAGUUUUUUUAAAAAAUCAGUUUUUUAUUUAAAUUGGAUUUUUAAAAUAAACUGCUUUUGGAGGAAAAAAUCUUUCUAAAGAUAAUUUUCUAUUUAAGUUACAUUAUAGUCCAAAGGCCAUCAGGAAAUAAGGAUUUGUUUUAAGUUUUUCCUGUGUGCUGAAACUCAGUCCAAGUUUUUUUAAAAAAAUAAAAUAAAAAUGUUUAACCACAUUAGUCAACAAACAUGCAUACAUAUGCUAUAAUGUUAUUGCUUUAGUUAAACAACAACAACAAUUUAUUGUUUAUACCCCGCCCAUCUAGCUGGGUUAAAUUUGUUAAAUAAAUUUAGUUAAAUAAAUGAUUCUUUUUCUCCUUCCCAUAAAGUGCAGCAGAAAAGUCUGAAUAUAAACAGUUAACUUAUUAAACCUCAUAAUACUUUCAUAAUUAUCUAUGUAUUUCUAAUAGUAUAACCGAAUCAGUAAUUUUUGAUAUAACUGUAAAAACUACUCUGAAAAUGUAUUAUUCCAAAAAUGAAACCUUCAUCUCGUUGUAAAUAUUAAGAUUAUACCAGCAGGAAUGCCUUUCUGUAAAAAAAAGGAUUUAGAUCAAGUCUUACUGACUAGUGAUUUAAAUCGUGAUUUAAAUCAAAUCCACCCUGGUACUUUGCCUAACAGUCUGGCUCCCCUAGACCUGAGGUUCACCUCCCCUGACCUCCAAGACAGUGUGCCCCUGAAUACCAGUUGCUAGGAGCUUCAUUCAGGUUCUGCUUGUGGACCUUCCCGGGACAUCUGAUGGUCCACUGUUAUGUCCAGUGUCAGGGAAGAGUUAGAAGUUUCCAGUUUCUCAGAGGGAGAAAGCAUUCCCCAAGAGGGGAAUGAGAGCAGUGAAUCUAAUAGAAGACAACAACAGGGAGGGACCAGCUGUUCCCAGGAAAGGGAAGGGUUCAGUUCUAGCUCAGAUUCAGAGGAGGGGAGAUACAAGCCAGCUCUAGCCAGGAGGUUAGAAAAAAGAGCAGGAAAGCAAAAGGAAGGGCGCAUUCGACAUUUUGAGAGUGGCUGGUCACGGGGAAGCAGAGCUCAGAAGGUAUCUGAAGUAAGUGACUCUGAGGAAUAAGAUUUAAGAACCGUUUAUAAGAUUGUUUUGUUAAUACGCAAUAAAAGUUAUGAAAGAACAAGAAGCGUUUGUGUGGGGAUCUGAAGAGGACAACGACCAGUCCUGACAUCCAGAUGCUGGACUAGAUGGGCCUUUGGUCUGAUCCAGAAGGGCUGCUCUUAUGUUCCCAUUUUUUUUACUGCAAAACUGUUAACAAGUUCACGAAUCUAUGGAUCAAUAUUUGAGCUCGUUACGGAGAGCACAGUGUACGAGAAGUAAGCUUGGAAUCUUGGCAGAAUUCAUUGAACCUUGUUCUUGAAGGUGAGGACCAAAAAGUGUGAAAAGCCACCUUGUCGUCCCACCUCUUUGUUAGCUUAAUCUCCUCGCUUCUGUUCCCUCUCAGUGUGCAGUGUUCUUGUGUUAAAAGCAAAGGAUUGAAGUGGACUGUUAGGUGCUACUGCAGCAAUAUGGAGGAGGUUGGAUGAGCAGAGCUAGGAAUAGCCCCAUGUCCCAUUGUGGUGUGGGUGGUCGUGUUCCUUUCUUCUGACCCAAUGCUUUAUCCCCUGGCUGCCAAGCCCACCCUUAACGUAUUUGUGCUCUAAAUUAUCAACUUGCCAGGUGUGAGAACAUUACGUUCCAGGAUCCAGAGAUGGUGCCAGUGGAUGCAGGAAAGAAAUUUCGAAACUACUUCCUUAUAGACGUCUUAAUGAAGAAGAUGGGGAAGAUCUUCUGCCAAGUCCCUCAAGGUAAAAGGCUCCUGCCUGGCUCCUCCUUGCUGCUGUGUCUCUUGCUCCUGUAGUCAAUUGAAGCAACUGCUUAAGGGAUGUGGAUGGACUUUCUUUUGCCUCAUGUAGGGCUGCUGUCCAUCCCACGCUUUAUGGAGGUUAGGAAUUGGCUUUUGUGCAGUUGCCUUAGCGAAUGGCAGGAAGCAGCUGAUUCUGGAGAGAUGUCCUUACCUAGAGGGGCUUAUAGACUGUUGAGCAGGGAGAAGAGGGAGGCUGGGAAUGACCAGCAACCUGUGUGAGUAGGGGAAUAACUUUGUGGUGUAAGUGGGAGACUCGGAACAAGGAGGUUCUGGGAAAGAUGUACAGUGGUACCUUGGGUUAAGUGCUUAAUUCGUUCCGGAUUCUGUUCUUAACCUGAAACUGUUCUUAACCUGAAGCACCACUUUAGUUAAUGGGGCCUCCUGCUGCUGCCGCGCCGCUGGAGCAUGAUUUCUGUUCUCAACCUGAAGCAAAGUUCUUAGCCCGAGGUAUUAUUUCUGGGUUAGCAGAGUCUGUAACCUGAAACGUAUGUAACCCGAGGUACCACUGUACUGAAGUACAUACUUUAGAUCUUUUUAAUUGGCAUGUUGUCUGGUGAAUUCCACUUUGACCGUUUUGGUGUUUGCGCUGAAAUUCUGGUUUUGCUGUGCUGACUGUUUGGCCGUAGUGAUAAUCAUUCAUUCAUUCAGGUUGGGAUAGCUGGCUUUUUGGGUUUUGAAUGUUUUAUUGAGAUUUUUCAGUUUCGUUGUUCUGUAUGGGACAAUGACAAUAAAGAGUAUCGUAUCAUAUCGUAUCAUAUCGUAUCGUAUUCAGAGGCACCGAAGAGAGGGGAAAGUUCUGGUGAAAAGGGGUGAAGGUGGCUGUUGCAAGGCAUAAAGCUGUGUAAUGGGAGUUUGGAAGUGGGAAUGGAAGAGGGGGGCAGGAUAAUAGUGUGGGAGAGAGGUAGAGCAGUGGCAAGCUUCAAAAGAAAAGGCUUUUGCAGUAUAGCUCAGUUGGCAGAGCAUGGGACUCUUACCCCCAGGGUUGAGCCCCACAUUGGGCAAAAUAUUCCUUCAUUGGACUAGAUGACCCCCAUCCCCUUCAACUCUGCAGUUCUAUGAAAAGACAAAAAGCAUUGAGAUUGUCUUUUGGAGGUAGUGCAGCACAAUGGUAAAGAGACUGAACUGAAAACCAGGAAGUUUCACUAUGACCAUUAGCUCACUGAGUAGUCUGAGACAUAUGACUAUUCCAUAAGCUUCUGCCCUGUAUCUGCUAUCAUAUCGGUGCUGAUUCACCAUCUUUAUGGUUAAAGCUUUGGGAACACCAAUAUAGAUAGGAGCUUCUUUCCACUCACCAUCAGAAUUUCAUACACUGACAUAUCAGAGUUGGCCUGAGUGGGAAGCUGACCACUAGGCUGGUGUGCUAGGGCUAUGUCUUUAUUGAUUUCCCCUCCUUCUCAUUCUGUAUGAACUGGUGAAAUUCUAGAGCUUGGAAAACCACUUUUUACGCUGUGAUUCUGCUCUCAUAAUACAUCCAUUAAGGUAAAAAGGUAGAGGUAAAGGACCCCUGGACAGUUAAGUCGAGUCAAAGGUGACUAUGGGGUUGUGGUGCUCAUCUCGCUUUCAGGCCAAGGUCCACAGACAGCUUUCCGGGUCAUGUGGCCAGCAUGACUAAACCGCUUCUGGCGCGGUGGGACACCAUGACAGAAACCAGAGCGCACGAAAACGCUGUUUACCUUCUCGUUGCAGCAGUGCCUAUUUAUCUACUUGCACUGGUGUACUUUCGAACUGCUAGGUUGACAGGAGCUGGGACAGAGCAAUGGGAGCUCACCCCGUCAUGGGGAUUCAAACCGCUGACCUUCUGAUCAGGAAGCCCAAGAAGCUCAGUGGUUUAGGCCACAGCGCCACCCGCGUCCCUAAAACAUCCAUUAUGUUGUAUGGGAAUGAGCAGAGGCCAAUCUGUCGUGUAAAAUAUGCCAAGGCCGAAGUAGCUGUCUUCACGGCCAUGCUGCAUGUGUGUAAUUGAGCAAAUGAAAGAUUUUAAUUUUGUAUAGGGUGUAAAUCUUGAGCUGCCACUUGACCACGCCUGUAUUAAAGACUUCCUGUGUAUUUGCAUAAUAAACUACAAUGGUUAUUACAAUCCCCGUGGGCUAGAAACUGCUGAAUUAAAACCAGCUGUGAGAGUUCUCCUGUUCUGUGAGAGGUGGUCACUGCCAUGCCAGAGCCCUUCUUAAGAACAAGGUUCCAUUCAACUCUUGAGAGUAACUUUGCUAUUAACCUGCCCUGAGCCAUUUGAAUAAGGCAGGCUGUGAAUCGGAGGAAUUCCAUGCUUGGAACCUGCUAAAUGUAUACGGAACCAAAUGCGCAACCUCCUUUUUUUAGCGUUUUGUUUUCUUGAUCUCUUUCCCGCUCUCUCUUUCCUGCAGCUGAAUUGAUUCUGGACCCCGAGACGGCCCACCCGCGCCUCACCGUUUCCUCGGACUGCCUCGGCGUCCGGCUCGGAGAGCGCUGGCGGGACUUGCCCGACAGCCCCAAGCGCUUCGACUCCGACUACUGCGUCCUGGCCUUGCAGGGUUUCACCUACGGCCGCCACUACUGGGAAGUGGAGGUGGGGGGCCGGCGGGGGUGGGCUGUGGGGGUGGCCCGCGAAUCGGCCCGGCGCAAAGAGAAGUCUGCCGGCGGCGGCUCCCACCAGAAACGCGAGAUCUGGUGCGUGGGGACCAACGGCAAGAAGUACCAGGCUCUGACGACCACUGAGCAGACCUCCCUUUCCCCAUCUGAGAAGCUUCGCCGCUUCUGCGUCUUCCUGGACUAUGAACGGGGCCAGUUGAGCUUCUACAAUGCCGAGAGCAUGGGCCAUAUCCAUACCUUCAACGCCUCGUUCCGCGAGCGCAUCUUCCCCUUCUUCCGCAUUCUUUCUAAGGGGACCCGCAUCAAAAUCUGCAAUUGAUACGGUCGCUGCUGUUUCUCUUGCACGUAGCGAAAUGCAAACCCCUCCCUAGCGAUAAAACCUCCUGUCACAGCUGAUUGACCCUGACAAGAUCCCUGGUCUGUUUUAGUGUUGGACCUUGGAGGAUUCCUUACCUUGCUGUCUUCUUGUGGGUUGGCUCGGAGCAGGGAUUCCCACCCCCACUUCCAUACAUCUAUUAUUGCACAGAUAACCUUUUUUUGGUGCUCGGCCAGAUAAAUUUUUAUUUCUUUCCUGUGGCUCACUUCCAUCCUAGCAAGAAUCUCUUUCUCUUCCCCCACGGGGUUCUCUUUCCUCCUGUCCUCCAGGAUCUCUGGGACCUGGAUCUCUCUGAUGAGCUGAGGCCCAUUUGGCAUGUGGUUCUCUGACAGUAGUGGCCGAGUAGUCGGAGGUUCAUCUUUGACAUUCCAAAGACACUUGAACUGUCUUACGCCAGGCCCUCAGGUCUUGUGGAUUGUGUUAACUUUUGGUGCCCAGACAAGAUAGCUAGUCCCAACAUGUUCUUGGAGCUGUAUCCAGUCCAUGCUGUGAAUCAAUUCGUUCUCUCUCUCUCCCCCCACCCCGUCCCCCUGCCUUGCCGUCCCAAGGCACCAGUCACCUCCUGAAACCACCUAAUAGUGGUGAGUACAUCUAAAUUCAACUCUACACAGAAUUGUCCAGCCUGGUUUCCUGUUUGGGUAUGGUUCCUUCUUCAACUUCCUCAGUGUCUUGUCUCCUGAUGAUCUCCUGUUUUGCAUCUUCCAGUGUUUACACACACAUCAGAUUUCAUUUUAUUUUUACGGAACGCAUAGGAGCCAGUUUUGCCCCUCUGUUCCAGGUGUGGUUUGGAUGCCCCUGUUUGUCCCUCUUUCCUUUUAUGUUAUCCCCAUCUCUUUUACCUGGAGGGAGGUAUUCAUCAAUACUACUAGUGAGAUAGAAAGAUAGAUAUAACGGCCAUUUGGGAGGUGGGGGUGGAGAAAUGACAGGUCCAAGGGUGGUUGUUAUUUUCUGGGGCACCAUUGGAGUGCUGUGGCUCUUGGGAUGAAUGUAAUCCCACUAGCAGCUUUGGUGAUCAAACUUCAUCACUGCUGCCUCACACCCCUCACCCUUGUAGGACUUAAUUAACUUAUUUUUAAUUGCUUUUUCCUGUCACGCCCCAGGAUCUGCAGUGUGGAGUCUCUUCUCUCCUGACUGCAAGGCACUGGAGGCCUUAGCUGUGCCAGCUGUUGUGUUGGUUCCCCUGCCCCCUCAAUUCUUUUUGGCAUUACAGAGCUCCUUUUGAACUAUUUUUCGCUAUAUAUGUAAAAAAGACUUACAAUGGAGAUCUAGUUUUUUGGGAAAAGUUGAGUAAAUAAAUACAAUUCUACAAGUG